AUGCAUCUGACCUCCACCCUCCUUGCUGGCGCCGUCGCCGUCGCCUCGGCCGCUGCCGAUAACAACUAUCUCGGCUUCAACUCGGGCGCUACCCUCGCCGACCGCUCCGCCAAGUUCAAGAAGGAUUUCGAGGCCGAGUUCAAGACGGCCCAGGCCCUCAACGGCGCUCCCGGCAAGUUCAACGCCGUCCGCCUCUACACCAACAUCCAGGCCUACGCCACCGACGACCCUAUUGAGGCCUUUGAGGCCGCCAUCGACACACAGACCUACAUGCUACUCGGCAUCUGGGCCUCGGGCGCCGCCGACAUCACCAAGGAGGUGACCGCCCUUCAGAAGGCCGUCGACAAGUACGGCUCCAAGUUCACCGACCUCGUCAUCGGCAUGUCCAUUGGCUCCGAGGAUCUCUACCGCAACUCCGUCACCGGUACCAAGAACAAGGCCGGCCUCGGCGCUGACCCCGAGGUCAUCGUUUCCUUCAUCAAGGACUACAAGAAGGCUUUUGACGGCGGCGCCCUCGCCAAGGUCCCCAUCGGCCACGUCGACACCUGGGACGCCUGGACCAACAGCUCCAACAAGGCCGUCAUUGACGCCGUCGACUGGAUUGGCGUCGACGAGUAUCCCUACUAUGAGAACGGCAAGGGCAACGACAUCAAGAACGCCGGCAAGCUUUUCGACAAGGCCUACGACGCCACCAAGGCCGUCGCCAACGGCAAGCCCGUCUGGGUCACCGAGACCGGCUGGCCCGUCACCGGCGAGAAGUGGGACGAGGCUGAACCCUCGGCCGAGAACGCCAAGUACUACUGGGACGAGGUCGGCUGCCGCCAGCUCUUUGGCAAGACCCCGACCUUCUGGUACAACCUCCGCGACUCCAACCCCGACAACACCAUGAAGUUCGCCAUCACCAAGGACCUGAGCACCACUCCCCAGUUCAACCUCACCUGCCCGACCACCUUUGACACCGACAGCAAGGACUCGUCCUCGUCCUCCAGCUCCGCCUCCAGCACCCCCACCUCGCGCUCCAACGGCUCGACCUCGGUCUCGUCUCCCACCAGCACCGGCUCCGGCUCCGGCUCGACCGGCUCGACCGGCGCCACCUCCGCUGCUGGCUCCUCUGGCGCUGGCGCCAGCGCGUCGGCUCAGGCCGCCAACAACAACAAGGCCUCUGGCGUCGGCAAGGUCGCUGCCUCGAGCUCCGUUGCUGGCAUCCUGGCGCUCGUGGGUGCCUUCCUCCUGCUGUAA